UCAAUUCAGUUCAGAUUUUGGACUUCCCGAGAGUGGGUGUGAUUUGCAUAGUUGUGCCGUUCGUUGCGCCGAUCAAACGAGGAAAAGUAUUUCACCGCGAAAAUCACACUUCGAAGUGAACACAAUAAACAGCCUCCCGCGAUUUACACAUUCGUUUGUUUUUCAAUGAUUUUUUCCUAAAUUAGGAAAUCGCCAGAUUUUAUUGAGAGGUUGUCAUUUCGGGGCACAUUUUCUUUUUUGUUUCUAUUUUGUAAACAUCUCGUAUUUUUUACAUAACUUCACGGAGAAGUGAAAGAUUAGUCGGAUUCCGUGAACACUUUACGGGCGGAUCGAAACCGCCAAAUUUUAGUAAAAGCGAAAAUAUUCAUUUCGGGUCGCUAAGGAGCAGUUAUCCUUUGUGAAGUCGAUCUCUCCAAUUUCCAACGGUGUUGCGAUUCAAGCGGUAAACGAACUCCCGAAUUUGGAAACGCGUCGACUAGGUCAAUCGUAGUGUCUUGUGGUUGCAUUGGAAAGUUAUCUUUGGUUGCUCGAAAGUCAUUCACUGUGGAAAGGAAAAUGUCCAGCAACAUAGAAGGAAGUCAGAAAAACGAGAAAAUGAACGGGGAGGCGAGUGAAAAGAAGGAGGUGCGAGUUUGGUGCGAUGGGUGCUACGACAUGGUACAUUUUGGCCAUGCUAAUUCACUUCGACAAGCUAAAGCAUUAGGUGAUAAACUUAUCGUUGGCGUCCAUACUGAUGAGGAAAUUGCAAAACACAAGGGACCCCCAGUGUUCACAGAACAAGAGAGAUAUAAAAUGGUUCGUGGAAUUAAAUGGGUUGAUGAAGUUAUCGAAGGUGCCCCAUAUGUAACCGCACUGGAAACGCUAGAUAAAUACAACUGCGACUUUUGCGUACAUGGAGAUGAUAUAACCAUGACAGCUGAUGGAGUUGAUACAUACCAUUUAGUUAAGGAAGCCAAUCGUUACAAAGAAGUAUCACGUACAGCUGGUAUCUCAACAACAGAUCUCGUUGGUCGAAUGCUUCUACUCACCCGCAACCACUUCCGCCAAGGAUCUGAAGAAUACUCAAUAGAAAAAGAAGAAGAGAUAGAAGCAAUUGAGAAAUUAUGUCUAAAACAAUCAAUAUCAGGUUCGUCACUAAUGGGACAAGAUCACUCAGCGCGAAGUCCUUGGACUGGUUGCAAUCAAUUUUUGCCAACAACACAGAAAAUUAUACAGUUCAGUGAUGGGAAGGCCCCGAAUCCAAAUGAUAAGAUUAUCUACGUUGCUGGUGCAUUUGAUCUGUUUCACGUUGGUCACCUGGACUUCCUCGAGAAGGCAAAGCAACAUGGAGACUAUCUUAUAGUCGGCCUUCACACAGAUCCAGUCGUCAAUGCAUAUAAAGGAAGCAACUACCCCAUCAUGAACUUGCACGAACGAACUUUGAGUGUGCUAGCAUGCAAAUACGUCAAUGAAGUUGUGAUUGGUGCUCCAUAUUGCGUCACUAAAGAACUCAUGUCACACUUCAAAGUCGACGUAGUAUGCCAUGGACAAACACCAAUAACAUAUGAAGCCGGACAAAAUGAUCCGUAUGCAGUGCCAAAAGUAAUGGGUAAAUUUGUGCUAAUUGAUUCAGGAAACAAGAUGACAACAGAGAAAAUCGUACAACGAAUAAUCAGUCAUCGAUUAGAGUACGAGAACCGUAAUGAAAAGAAGGAAAAGAAAGAGCUCGAAGCGUACGAAGCAUCUCAGAAGAUAAAGGCAGCUCAAAAAGCUGGAUAAAAAGCAAAAUUGCAAUGGAAAUCAUAAGCAUUUAUUGACAAUUUCAUAAUGGAGCAAUUGCAAAUAAAAAACGAUUUCACGAUCUCUGUAAAUCAUUUUCAUAACUCUCACGAAAUUGAUUCCGUUUUAUCGAAACUAGUUGUCGCUCCUUUUUUUAGUAAAUUUUAGGAUAUAUAUUCUUAUGAGCACAAAUAUUUUAGAAAAUUCUGAAUCGAUUUCAUACGCAUGACAGACGAAAUGGAAUGAAUCUGACAAUGUUCACAUUCGGAAUCAUUUUAUUUCCCUGAACACAAUCAUUUAGCUCACUAUUUUUCAUCACUCCUUAUGUACAUGAUAAGUUGUGACUCAUAUCGUGUGUAAACAUUAUUGAAAUAUCGUUGCCGCUAUUUCAUUAAGGAUUUAGGAUUCCAAAACCAAACUAAGUAUCAAUAUAGCGAAAAAUUGUGUAAAUAAGUUCUUUAUAUCCUUAUCUUAAUGAAAAUCAACACCUCCUUUUGACUGUUGUUUAAAUUAAGUUCACAUUUUGUUUUUGUUGAUUUUAUUUUUUAAACAUGUUUUUAUAGAGUAUAAUUUGUAAAUAAAAGAAUGCAAAUAAUAAGCUGAG